AUGCCCAGGGUCGAUCUCAUAUUUUUCAAUUGGGGUCUGCACAAUACUGCAGGCACGUACGUUCCCGGGAGGCAGGACACUGCGGAGAGAUAUAUGCCGAAUUUGGAGAAGAUUGUGGACCGCUUGGUCGAGCUCAGAUCCCAGUACGGUACCAAGCUCCUCUUCGGGACAACGACCCCGCACUUUUGCAACCAGCACGUGGAAGAAAUCGUGAAGCUCCAGGUCGAGCAGUCCACGGAGCUGAUGACAGACAACUCGAUCCCGGUCGUCGACCUCCACGCGGCCAUCGUGGAUGAGUGCGGCGCGCCGCCGCAGGAGACCUGCCUGAACCUGUCCCAGGGAGGCUGCCCUCACUACAGCGAGGCGGGGUACGAGUGGAUCGCCAACCGAGCAGUCGGCCCCACCAUCCUGGCAGCUCUGGCCGAGGAGGUGCAUCGGCCCCUGGAGCACGCGGCAGCGGAACCAGCGACCAGUCUGGAGCGCACCGCGGCUGCGCUGGAGCGUGCCGCGACGAAGCCAAAGACCGUGUCGGAGACCCCUGUGGCAGAGCCUGAGCCCGCCGCGUGGGUGCCAGCGGCCACGCUGGAUCCCGCCGCGGCAAAGCCAGAGCCUGCCGCGAUGGAGCCGACGGCCACGCUGGAGCCAGCUACAGCAGCGCUUGAGCCCGCCAACUCGGAGCCAGCAGCGGCCGCGCUGGAGGCCGCAGCGGCCGCGUCGGUGUAG